CUUGAUGGCGCGUCUUUGUCUCAGAUUGCCCCCGUCCUAGAAGGUAUAUAUUUGUUUACUGUGAAACACUUUUCUUGGUUGUCUAUGCAUGUAAGUCGAUAAGGGGCGAACCUAUUUACGCAAACUGAAGAGCGUACUUACAUCGUGGGUCUUUUAGCAUCCGUUUUAAGUUGUAUUAGCAGGUGAUCAUGUGCGCAUCUCGUACCUGCCUCCUUGCGUCCCUGCCUGCUGCAUGGGCUGCAAAUGAGGCAACGUUUUCACUCCGUGCACCUAUGAGUUUUCCUGGCGAUCUGGCGCUCAGUAACAGCGGUGCGUUCAGCAAAAACACAACAACUGCGGUAGCAUCUGGCCGUGCUACGGAAGUUGGGAGCCAGACGGGCUUCGGUUUCUCUAGAGAAAAUGGUAACAAUGACGGUGGUGGUGCGCAAGAGGACACAAUGCAUCCGGGCGAUGAUGCCCGAUCGCUGCAGAUCCUGCUAGAGACGACGACAGAAGCCCCAAAUUAAGGAGCUUUUACAAUAAGGACUGUAGUACAGGUGCCUACAACUAACUCUUGUGUCUUGUUGGAACUUCAGACCCUUGACGUGGAGGUAGGCGUUUCAGUGCUAAAACUUUUCUGAUAAUAGCUUCUCUAACUUCAACCGAUGGAAAACGAUGACGGGCGUUCCUACUAUUGCGGCGGCGUAGAAGAAGGAUCAGAUCACGAGCGAAUGUGCCUCACCUCAUGCCAGAACAUUAAUCAAGAAGUUGCGCCUCAGUGGUGUUUAUAUCUUUUGUCAAUAUUCUUGUUGAAGACGGCUUCUCCUUCGCAAAUAAGUACCUACAAAUCGUUUGGUGUGAUCGCUUGCUUAUCUCUGGCGCAAUUUUCUGAAGACAGAUGCAGAUGUGGAACAAACCGACACACGCCAUGGCGGUCAUUUGUAAUGAUCAAGUAAUAAGUUAGGCACUUACAGUUACAACUUGCUGCUCAUACUCAGGUUCCAAUUUGAUGACUUCUGUAUCCGGCAAGCGCACACAGCUGAGAAGUGGUACAACAGUGCUAACAAGGAUUGCAGACUGUAUUACGAAUGCCAGUAUGGUUGCGAAGUCCAUGGCGGUGACAGGAUCCGACUGCAGAAUGCAGGGUACAACCUGUUACUUCCCCCUUGUAGUUUCAUGGGCAACAUAGCUUUCCCGAAACGAAACAGAACUCCCAUAUCAUGACAGUGCUGAUUAUGCUAUUGCUAAUAUCGUCCAGAAUAAUCAUCUUCUAGUUGCUGGAGGCCGCCAGGAAAAUUUUAGGCAUCCUGCAUAUUGAUUAGAUUCAAAUUGUCAGUAUUAUAUUCUUGCACUACCUUGUGACUCCUGUAGGUAAGAAGUAACCAAAAAUGGAUGACACUAAACAGGGGCGCGUAUCGAGAGCGGCUCGCGGCAGCAACGCAGAUGGCAAUCACGGAAACGAUGAAAAAGUGCGACGUUCUGAAGUGUACUACAACUACAGAGGGAGUAGAAGUAGGACUUCUUAACUAUGAAGAAGAUGAAUAAUCGUAAUCCGUUGUCGUAAUUAGUAGACAUCAAAGUUCUGUUGAUACAACAGUAGAAGUCUCAUCCAAGUUAGCCUUAGCACAACCCACGAUAAUGAAUCAUCACACAGGUAAAGCCUACUGUGCGAAGGCGGUAUUCUAUACCUGUAGAGAGAUUCAAUUCCGGUCCUUUUGCUUGGGCGAAAAGGCUGCUUUGGACCAGGGACAAGGUUGCGAUGUGAUCUGCAAUUCUGCGCUCAGGCGCUUAGCGGGCAGCAAGUGGAGUACCCUUCUGGGGGCAAUCGCGAUCUUCCUGUAUCUAGCGAUGCAGGAUGCUCGUCGCCGCUCGUGAUGACGAUGCGUUGUUAACAAGAUGAACAUACUUUUCGAUAGUGAGAAGAUUAAACUUUGUAAAUUGUAUAUUCUUGUAGUUCUUAAAUUCUUUCUCGCUUAGAUCUCUGAAAAAGAAAAUUGUAUCCAAAUUUUGUGUGCACGAGCACCUAUUCUAUCUUUUCUAAUUCGUAGCUGCAAUAUAAUUCGAUCCACACAUUCGAUCAUAAAUCCAUUUACUCAGUAAACCCAGUAUUUCCUCAGUUUGAACUGCAUAGUCAUAGAUACCUAUCACAUUCCUCAUAUUUUGUUCUUUCAAAAUUCGUUGAUUCACACUGUAACGUAUGCACAGAUGGAACACAUUUCUAUUAGCGCCUCCACAUGACUACAUGCACAAUUGUGAAAACAUAAGACAUCAACUCCACCUAUACACGAAUGAUUGGACGACGUAGCUCUUGAACAAUAAAUAUUGUUCCAUAAAUUUUCUUUCAAGAUUCACACACCCAUCUCUUCAUCUUGAGCUUUCUUCUCGAUAUUAGAUCAAGUUGGGUUCGUUUAAAGAACUACUGCGGGAGCACGGUUGACUAAGCUUCGAACAGCAUUCGCAAUAUGCCUACACGGAAAACACGACACCCUCAUGAUAAGACCUGGCUAUUUAGCUGGUACUAUGAUCCCUUCAUAAGAUGAAUCAGCCAAAAGUAAAGCGGGUGCAUCGUGGAAGACAGAAAAACUUAUAAUAUAUGUUGUGGCUUGAACAAGAAAGGCCCAGAAGUACGGCACGGGUCCAGCCCAU